AGUUUUUAAAGUGGGCUGGCGGCCGCGGGAGCUUUACACUCGCGAGCGGACCGUCACACGGGUCCGGUGCCCGCCGCGCUUCCGCCCCGGCGCUCCUGAGGCGGCCGUACAAUCCUCGGCAGUGUCCUGAGACUGUAUGGUCAGCUCAGCCCGGCCUCCGACUCCUUCCGACUCCCAGCAUUCGAGCCACUUUUUUUUUUCCUUGAAAACUCAGAAAAGUGACUCCUUUCCCAGGGAAAAAGGAACUUGGGUUCCCUUUUCUCCGUUCUCUUUUCGGGUCUGACAGCCUCCACCCACUCCUUCCCCGGACCCCGCCUCCGCGCGCAGGUUCCUCCCCGUCACCUUUCUCCACCCCCGCCCCCGCACCUAGCCCGCAGCGCGCCACCUUCCACCUGACUGCGCGGGGCGCUCGGGACCUGCGCGCACCUCGGACCUUAACCACCCACCCGGGCCGCGGGGAGCGGACGAGGGCCACAGCCCCCCACCCGCCAGGGAGCCCAGGUGCUCGGCGUCUGAACGUCUCAAAGGGCCACAGCGACAAUGACAGCUGACAAAGAGAAGAAAAGGAGUAGCUCGGAGAGAAGGAAGGAGAAGUCCCGGGAUGCUGCGCGGUGCCGGCGGAGCAAGGAGACGGAGGUGUUCUAUGAGCUGGCCCAUGAGCUGCCUCUGCCCCACAGCGUGAGCUCCCAUCUGGACAAGGCCUCCAUCAUGCGACUGGCGAUCAGCUUCCUGCGUACACACAAGCUCCUCUCCUCAGUUUGCUGUGAAAAUGAGUCUGAGGCUGAAGCUGACCAGCAGAUGGACAACUUGUACCUGAAAGCCUUGGAGGGUUUCAUUGCUGUGGUGACCCAAGAUGGCGACAUGAUCUUUCUGUCAGAAAACAUCAGCAAGUUCAUGGGACUUACACAGGUGGAGCUAACAGGACAUAGUAUCUUUGACUUCACUCAUCCCUGUGACCAUGAGGAGAUUCGUGAGAACCUGAGUCUCAAAAAUGGCUCUGGUUUUGGGAAAAAAAGCAAAGACAUGUCCACAGAGCGGGACUUCUUCAUGAGGAUGAAGUGCACGGUCACCAACAGAGGCCGUACUGUCAACCUCAAGUCAGCCACCUGGAAGGUCUUGCACUGCACGGGCCAGGUGAAAGUCUACAACAACUGCCCUCCUCACAGUAGUCUGUGUGGCUACAAGGAGCCCCUGCUGUCCUGCCUCAUCAUCAUGUGUGAACCAAUCCAGCACCCAUCCCACAUGGACAUCCCCCUGGAUAGCAAGACCUUCCUGAGCCGCCACAGCAUGGACAUGAAGUUCACCUACUGUGAUGACAGAAUCACAGAACUGAUUGGUUACCACCCUGAGGAGCUGCUUGGCCGCUCAGCCUAUGAAUUCUACCAUGCGCUAGACUCCGAGAACAUGACCAAGAGUCACCAGAACUUGUGCACCAAGGGUCAGGUAGUAAGUGGCCAGUACCGGAUGCUCGCAAAGCAUGGGGGCUAUGUGUGGCUGGAGACCCAGGGGACGGUCAUCUACAACCCUCGCAACCUGCAGCCCCAGUGCAUCAUGUGUGUCAACUACGUCCUGAGUGAGAUUGAGAAGAAUGAUGUGGUGUUCUCCAUGGACCAGACUGAAUCCCUGUUCAAGCCCCACCUGAUGGCCAUGAACAGCAUCUUUGAUAGCAGUGGCAAGGGGGCUGUGUCUGAGAAGAGUAACUUCCUAUUCACCAAGCUAAAGGAGGAGCCCGAGGAGCUGGCCCAGCUGGCUCCCACCCCAGGAGACGCCAUCAUCUCUCUGGAUUUCGGGAAUCAGAACUUCGAGGAGUCCUCAGCCUAUGGCAAGGCCAUCCUGCCCCCGAGCCAGCCAUGGGCCACAGAGUUGAGGAGCCCCAGCACCCAGAGCGAGGCUGGGAGCCUGCCUGCCUUCACCGUGCCCCAGGCAGCUGCCCCGGGCAGCACCACCCCCAGUGCCACCAGCAGCAGCAGCUGCUCCACGCCCAAUAGCCCUGAAGACUAUUACACAUCUUUGGAUAACGACCUGAAGAUUGAAGUGAUUGAGAAGCUCUUCGCCAUGGACACAGAGGCCAAGGACCAAUGCAGUACCCAGACGGAUUUCAAUGAGCUGGACUUGGAGACACUGGCACCCUAUAUCCCCAUGGACGGGGAAGACUUCCAGCUAAGCCCCAUCUGCCCCGAGGAGCGGCUCUUGGUGGAGAACCCACAGUCCACCCCCCAGCACUGCUUCAGUGCCAUGACAAACAUCUUCCAGCCACUGGCCCCUGUAGCCCCGCACAGUCCCUUCCUCCUGGACAAGUUUCAGCAGCAGCUGGAGAGCAAGAAGACAGAGCCCGAGCACCGGCCCAUGUCCUCCAUCUUCUUUGAUGCCGGAAGCAAAGCAUCCCUGCCACCGUGCUGUGGCCAGGCCAGCACCCCUCUCUCUUCCAUGGGGGGCAGAUCCAAUACCCAGUGGCCCCCAGAUCCACCAUUACAUUUUGGGCCCACAAAGUGGGCCGUCGGGGAUCAGCGCACAGAGUUCUUGGGAGCAGCGCCGUUGGGGCCCCCUGUCUCCCCACCCCAUGUCUCCACCUUCAAGACAAGGUCUGCAAAGGGUUUUGGGGCUCGAGGCCCAGAUGUGCUGAGUCCGGCCAUGGUAGCCCUCUCCAACAAGCUGAAGCUGAAGCGACAGCUGGAGUAUGAAGAGCAAGCCUUCCAGGACCUCAGCGGGGGGGACCCACCUGGUGGCAGCACCUCACAUUUGAUGUGGAAACGGAUGAAGAACCUCAGGGGUGGGAGCUGCCCUUUGAUGCCGGACAAGCCACUGAGUGCAAAUGUCCCCAAUGAUAAGUUCACCCAAAACCCCAUGAGGGGCCUGGGCCAUCCCCUGAGACAUCUGCCGCUGCCACAGCCUCCAUCUGCCAUCAGUCCCGGGGAGAAUAGCAAGAGCAGGUUCCCCCCACAGUGCUACGCCACCCAGUACCAGGACUACAGCCUGUCGUCAGCCCACAAGGUGUCAGGUGGGUGUGCCCAGGAUCUGUCACCCCCAUCCCAGGAUUUGAUGCCGGGGGAAGCCCACGUCUACUUUUUUUCCCAGCGUCUGCACAGUGUCAGGCACAGGGAGGUGCUUGACUUGAAGUCACCUAUACAGGGCUCAGGUCUCCUUGGAUUUAGGGAACCUCCUCACACGUUCCUUGUGACAUCAGUGACCAGGCCCCCCAGGGGGUGGGUCUGAGACACAGCUAAAAAACUCAAAACAAACUCAGGCUAGAAUACUGAAGGAAAGAAUCCAGACCACUACCGGCUGCCCAAAGAGGACUGAACACUGGGUUGGCCACCCCCAGAACACUGUACCACUGUUGACGACAGGAGCACUUUCAGAAGAAAGAGCGGGCGGCCACAGUGGUGAGGGCCUGUUGAAGAAGAGAAAGUUCAGAGAGAGAGAGAGUUGGGAAGGGGUCUGGGCAGAGGCAGGGGAUCUCCCGUCUAUGCAAGGAUGAGCUUGCUGCGUGGAGAAGGGAGUGCUCCUUCCCUGGGGCUGUAGAGGGAACCCUACCAUGAUCAGGUGCCAUCCAGGGCUCUUUCCACCCUGAGAAUCCCGGAGCCUUGCCCCUUCCUCAGUUCUUCAUGUGGAUGUGUUUUGGGGUGUCACUCUGAAUUCAGGCAGGUGCUGAGAACAUGCCAAAACUUGCUGCAGGGAGAACAUCCUGGAAAGCUCUGGUAGGCCCACCCCACUGGACUUGGUUCAACUGUAGGCACCGAUGCCUGCCUUCAACCCUGGGCCACCUUCAUCUUGACAGUAUCUUGUGAAACAUAUAUGUCUUCAUGAGGUUUGUUUGGCCUAAAAAUAAUUCGUGGUUUAUGGGAAAACAUACAUAUAUGUCUUCAUGAGGUUUGUUUGGCCUGAAAAUAAUUCGUGGUUUAUGGAAAAACAUACCAGGCCCCUGUCCUAAAAGGCAAUUUCCUCAGCAAUAGAGUUUGGGGAAAGUUAUAGUUCUGUGCUUCAGAGUCCAGGCUGUAGAACCACGAGACAGCCCUGGCUUAAAUUCUGGCUCUGCUGUUGAGUUCAGUGACUGGUAUAUAUUUAUGUGCAGUAAGAGGUAGCCAGCACUAUUCUUCCUGUUAUGAAGCCCACAAAUUACCUUGAAUAGUGAAAUCAAGGGAAAAUCAUAUUCUUUUCAAAAGAGUUGAAUCAUAUCAUACUCUUUUCUGACCAUGAAUAAGAGGAGAAGUUAGCAAGGGAUGGUGAGCAGGUAUCCAUUGAUACUGUCCACAGGAGCAGUCAAGCUGGGGAGGCAGGCAUGGACCCCAGCAAGGAUCUGAGCUAGGAGGUGCAGGAGGGAAUGGCCACUGGAACGAGGCUCUGCAGAUGAGGGAAGGUGGGUGGGCAUCUCACAUCGGAGGGUCAGAAUGCAGGGCUUCCAGGCUCUCUGCUGCCACCUAAGCCUUUCCUCCUUGGGAUGGGGCCUGUGUGUGUGCUGGGAGUGUCUCCUCUGCCACUCCCUGGUCUGCCUCCUCAGCAGGAGAAUAACACAGAGGCAAGAAGAAAGGACUGCUGAGGGUGGUGACCGGAAACUGGAUUUUCAGACUCUUGAAUCUUGAGGCAGUCUGUGUUUGUGUCUGUAUGUAUGUGUGUGUUCUGCAUGUUCUGUGUAUGUGAGCAUAGGUGCCAGGUGGCUCAGAACUCCCUCUCAGCCUUUCCUCCCUGCUGCCAGGAGGCAUGGGGUCAGCAACCCCAGGCUCUUCCUGAAGCUUCCACCUACCUGUGCUGCAGCCUGCACCUCACGCUUUCCUCUUUCUUGGGUCUCAGCACCCCACCUGAGGCAAUGGUUCUGGAGGCGGACACGUUCCCCGAGCACGCAGCAGGCCAUGGGACAGACACCACUGAAGGAGCAGAGUGAAAUUAGGGCUGCCCUGUUGGUAUCCCCCAGUCACAAAGAAGUAGACACUUUUCCAAAUGUUCGAUUUAGGCCUUUAAGUUAUGGUACACCAACCCUUCUUUCAGGCAUGGCAAGCCGGCUGCUCGGGCCCUCAUUUGAGUCCUACCUGCUGCCCGAACUGACCAGAUAUGACUGUGAGGUGAACGUGCCCGUGCUGGGAAGCUCCACGCUCCUGCAAGGAGGGGACCUCCUAAGAGCCCUGGACCAGGCCACCUGAGCCAGGCCUUCCACCUGGGCAGCACCUCUGCCGACGCCGUCCCACCAGCUUCACUCUCUCCGUCUGUUUUUGCAACUAGGUAUUUCUAAUGCCAGCACACUAUUUACAAGAUGGACUUACCUGGCAGACUUGCCCAGGUCACCAAGCAGUGGCCUUUUUCUGAGAUGCUCACUUUAUUAUCCCUAUUUUUAAAGUACACAAUUGUUUUACCUGUUCUGAAAUGUUGUUAAAUUUUGUAGGAUUUUCUUCCUCCCCACCUUCAAUUACUUCUAAUUUAUAUUAUCCAUAGGUUUCUCUCCCUCCCUCUCCUUCUCACACACAACUGUCCAUACUAACAAAUUUGGUGCAUGUCUGUUCUUCUGUAGGGAGAGCUUUAGCUUCAUUUUACUAAAAAGAUUCCUCGUUAUUGUUGUUGCCAAAGAGAAACAAAAAUGAUUUUGCUUUCCAAGCUUGGUUUGUGGUGUCUCCCUCGCAGAGCCCUUCUCCUUUCUUUUUUAAAACUAAUCAUCAUAUUGUAAAUUUCAGGUUUUUUUGGUUUAAGCUGACUCUUUGCUCUAAUUUUGGAAAAAAAAGAAAUGUGAAGGGUCAACUCCAACGUAUGUGGUUAUCUGUGAAAGUUGCACAGCGUGGCUUUUCCUGAACUGGUGUUUUUCCCCCGCAUUUGGUGGAUUUUUUAUUAUUAUUCAAAAACAUAACUGAGUUUUUUUAAAAGAGAAAAUUUAUAUCUGGGUUAAGUGUUUGUUUAUCAUAUAUAUGGGUACUUUGUAAUAUCUAAAAACUUAGAAACGGAAAUGGAAUCCUGCUCACAAAAUCACUUUAAGAUCUUUUCGAAGCUGUUAAUUUUUCUUGGUGUUGUGGACACUGCAGACUUGUCCAGUGCUCCCACGGCCUGUACGGACACUAUGGAAGGCCUCCCCGUCGGCUUUUUGCCAUCUGUGAUAUGCCAUAGGUGUGACAAUCCGAGCAGUGGAGUCAUUCAGCGGGAGCACUGCGCGCUAUCCCCUCACGUUCUCUAUGUACUAUGUAUGUAUGUAUUAUUAUUAUUGCUGCCAAGAGGGUCUGAUGGCACGUUGUGGGGUCAGAGGGUGGGGCGGGGAAGUGCUCUAACUUUUCUUAAGGUUUUGUUGCUAGCCCUUCAAGUGCACUGAGCUAUGUGACUCGGAUGGUCUUUCACACGGCACAUUUGGACAUUUCCAGAACUACCAUGAGAUGGUUUAGAUGGGAAUUCAUGCAAAUGAGGGGUCGGAAAUGGUAUAGUGACCCCGUCCACGUCCUCCACGCUCACGACCUUGGAGCCCCGUGGAGCUGGACUGAGGAGGAGGCUGCACAGCGGGAGAGCAGCUGGUCCAGACCAGCCCUGCAGCCCCCCUCAGCCGGCAGCCAGAUGGCCCCGCCAGGCCUCCAGGGAUGGCCCCUAGCCACAGGCCCUGGCUGAGGUCUGUGGGUCGGGCAGUGACAUGUAGGUAGGAAGCACUGAAAACAGUGUUCCCAGAGCACUUUGCAACUCACUGGGUAAGAGGGAUGACACCUCUGGUUUUUCAAUACCAAUUACAUGGAACUUUUCUGUAAUGGGUACAAUGAAGAAGUUUCUAAAAACACACACAAAGCACAUUGGGCCAACUAUUUAGUAAGCCCGGAUAGACUUAUUGCCAAAAACAAAAAGUAGCUUUCAAAAGAAAUUUAAGUUAUCGGAGAAAUUCCUUAGUCAUGGUGUUGCGUAAAUCAUAUUUUAGCUGCACAGAAUUACCCCACACAGGGUGGCAGAACUUGAAGGGUCACUGACAUGUAAAUGCUGGGAUUUGAUUUCCUGUGUGUGUUGCCCUGGCAUUAAGGGCAUUUUACCCUUGCAGUUUUACUAAAACACUGAAAAAUAUUCCAAGCUUCAUAUUAACCCUACCUGUCAACGUAACGAUUUCAUGAACGUUAUUAUAUUGUCGAAUUCCUACUGACAACAUUAUAACUGUAUGGGAGCUUAACUUUAUAAGGAAAUGUAUUUUGACACUGGUAUCUUAUUAAAGUAUUCUGAUCCUA